AUGAGCUGUGGUGAGUGCUCGGAUCAUCAUCUGCGAAUGGAUUUGGAGAGUGAUGGCGAGGAGGAGACGAGGAGGAUUAUUGAACAAAACGGGAAAUCGCGAGUGAUCGCUGAGAUUCGAGAGUUCGUCGAUGAGAGUGAUGAUGAGGGAGGGCCGAGGGGUUCGCACUCAUGGAAGAACAAUAAACUAUCAAAGAGUCGUUCCGCGUACGGGGUUGGCCAUAAUGACGGCGGAGAGACGUCGGAUUCAGAUCCCGAGUUUCAAGUGCACGCUGUUUUACGUGGAAUGUCAAAAACUCGAUCAGAAUACGCGUUUCCGGAAGCUGUUACUGUGGCAAAGAUUCGAGCACAUCGAACUGAUUUUGAGAUGAAUCUUGAGAAAAUGUUGGCUUCAGUGAAUCGAUCGUUUAUUGAAGAGAUUGAGGCACCAGUUGCUAACUUUUCCGAGCCAUUAGACAAAAUUUGGCCCGAACCUGAUGAACCAAAAAGGAAAACGACGAGAAGUCAAUCAUCGUUCACCUCUAUCGCACAACAACAGUUAACAACAAAACGAAUCGAAAUGUCUUGCUGGUCAUCACCGCCAAAUAUUCUCCUAGAAGAUCAAAAUCUUUCCUCACCAGAAGGCUCAGCGUACUGUUGGAGUGCGCCGGAGCUCGUCGAUGAGGACAGCGAUUGCAGUGACGCGUGCGAGUACGAAAGAAAACGAACAGCUUACGGUCGGAAACCAGCCGAUCAUUCAACCUUCGCUCAAUCAUAUCCACAAAUCGAAAGCCCUAUGCCAGAUAAAUCGGUGACUUCAAUCCGUCCUCCAUCAUCGAAUUCAUCAAUUGAAAGUGCAUCACCAUCUCGACCGAGAACCCCACUCUUUGGACGAUCAGCUUUAAAGAUUGAAUUAAAGCAAAGAAUUCCCGUCUCAAGAAGCCUUCACAUUCAUCAUAUUCAAUCCGAUUCGAAUCUCUCUGUGGUGAGGUGUAGCUCACCGAAUUGUCAACGCGAGAGUGAGAGUGAAGAGGAAGAGGAAGAAGAAGAAGAAGAAGAAGAAGAGGAAGAAGAGGAAGAAGCAGAGGAAGAAGAGCAACUGCAUGCACAAGAAGAGGUUUGGCCAGAAGAGGAAGUGCUUUAUCGAAACGAUCGUCUCGGCUGGACGGCGAAUAGUUAUCGAAUACCGAAAUCUCAAAGCGUCUACGAAGAGCUCUCGACAUUCGCCUCGAUUCCCCAUUCGAAAUCAUCUUUCGGCGGCUUUCCCGCAGCGAACUCUCAACAAAUUCACAGAUUGGAAAGCAGCUCGAAUUCGGGUGUAGGGCUGAUGGAUGAUGAUGAGAAAUGGGAGUUUGAUUCGAGAAGGCUUUGGAUCCAACGUGGCUCCACCUCACACAGUCAGAUGUGGCCAUUGCGAUUUCACGAGAACUCCCAAAAUGGAGAGAUGAGACGUUCGGCGACAGUUUGCGAUGGAUUCUCAAAAAUGGAAGGACCACGAUAUCCAAAUGGACAAACGCAGCGGCGACGAUUGCCACAAAGACCCGAUUUGCAUCAAAAUCAACAAAAAACGACGAAUUAUGACUCGUUUCUGCCUUGUUCCGUCUCGAUGUACGGUCGAAUGUUGGGAGAUGAUGAGUACUCGCAUCACUAUGAUUGCUGUGUUGUGCGAAGGCCACCAUAUUCCGAGAGCAAUGAUUAUUUAUUGCCUGCUACCUCUUCCCAAAUGCACGGAAAUUCGAAUUUCCACUCGGAUGAAAACGAGGAGCCACCAAGGGACCCAGAAAGACAAGAACGUCCACCAGAUCUCCCGCUUCGUCCAUCACUUUAUUCGACAACACCGAGAAGUCCCUUAAUGGACGUUUCCCCUCGUCGUGAUCCUUAUGUGGAUGUUGUUACGCCGAUGUCACCUCCACUAAGAGUGCUUCCCUCACCCCUUCAACCGGUUGCAAGUGGUCGCCGCCUUCCAGCGCUGCCCAUUCGAUCAAAUCUUCUCAAAGAUCUCCCACCGACGAUGAAUAUUCAUUCAGCCUCAUCAACCGGCCAUUCGUUGUUGGGACAAAUCCAUCCAACCACUUCACAACAACCGACGAAAAACGAUCACCGAUUGUGCUUUGGAAUGGACUCAGUGAUGGGCCGGAGUGCUUUGGAGGAUUCCUACUAUGAGGAAGAUGGCAUGAACGGGAAUAGCGGUUAUCCAGCGAAUCGGAAAUCGAGGAAAUCUUUUUUCUCCCCAGAGGACUCUUCAGGAGUGUCAUCGUGUGCAGGAAGUGACUCACAGAAUCCUACGCAUCGUGUCCAAUCCGGUUUCUAUCCUAGGCACAAUGAUGAGGUUCUCUUGGAAAUGGGCGACGCUGUGCACGUGGAUCGCACCUGUGAGGACAAUUGGUGUUAUGGAACAAACCUCCGAACUGGUCAACAAGGGAUUUUCCCGCACGCGGUUGUCUGCGAGAUCGAUCUCGUCGACGAGAUUUGUCAAGGAGCGUUGCCGACAAAUGCGCAAAAAGUGAUGCAAGAGGAGCGUGACACUUUUUAUUUGACAUUGCUCGGGUCGAUUGAAGUGGCUCAUCAUAAAGGCAAUGAUGUGCUUAUUCAGGCGGUGAAUAAGAUGUUGGGUAUGUAUAAAAAUCGAGAUGAGACACUGAUCCCGCAAACGGUUCUGAUGGAAGUCUCAUUCCGGGGAAUUCACGUGAUCGAUAAAAAGAAGAAAAAUUUCUUCCAAUGCCCAUCCUUCGACUUCUUCUACAGUCUACAGAAUAUCUCCUUUUGCGGAGCACAUCCCAAGCAGCUCAAAUAUUUUGGCUUCAUCACAAAGCAUCCAUUAUUGCCUCGAUUCGCUUGCCAUGUCUUUGCUUCUAAUGAGUCGACACAACCGAUUGUUGAAUCGAUUGGACGAGCCUUCAAGCGCUCUUACGACGAGUACAUGGCAUUCGCGCAUCCAACUGAAGACAUUUACUUGGAA